GUUCUUUGCAUUGUUCAAUGUAAGGAAGAUAUGGCCAUCUGAAAACGUUCCUCUGAGCUCACCUUAGAACCAUUGUGGGGCUCAGAGAGCCGUGGCUGAUUGAACUCGUCGGAGAUAUUGCAAGUUUGAAAAUGGUCCUAGUGAUGGAAUUUUGAGAAAUUGAAAGGUGGCAAUCCAUGGACAAGAAAGAUGGGAACCUCCAACAUGACGCAAUAGGAUAUCCAACCUUUAUUGCAUUGAUGACACCGAGUCCUACCGAGUCCAAGGAUUUGUGGCGAUUGUAGGAAAUAGGCUUUCUGAUUUUAUGACGAGAACACUGAUAAGGUUGCAUGUGAUUCAGAUAUUGUUUCAUGCAUUCUUCCACUUAGGAAAGCCUGAAUAGAAUGGUUUAAAUUGAAAUUGGAUUUGGGAGAGUGGCAAAAUUUUCUGAUGCUUUUUGGCGAUUUGGUUGCUGUACAUUGGCAGCAGUAGCAGAGUCCUGUUUCCGUGAAGAAUUUGAGAAGAGAGCUGCUCGACAUAUCUAUAUGAUUCAGAAGAUUGUGCACCAUUCUUAUAGCCGAUCAAGCUUGAAUCAUCUACUUUGAUUCUUCAGAAUGGCGCUGCUGUGCCCCGGAGUCCUUAUCAAGCUUUUACAGAAUAUGAACUCGCCGGAGAAUGCAACAGCUGACCAAAGAUCAUCCCUCUUGCAGAUCAUCAGCAUCGUUCCGGCACUGGGAGGAAACGAUCUUGAGCCAAACCAAGGUUUCUACUUGAAGCUAGGACAAUGCAUCUACGUACGCCAACUGGAGCCUGCAACUCCUGUUCCAAUUCUCAAGGGGAUUAGGCCACUCCCUGGUCGCCAUCCUUGCAUUGGAACUCCGGAAGAUAUCAUCGCCGCCCAAUCCUCAGGGUUCUAUGAUCCAUUUACGAUGCCCUCUUUAUCAGUUGACGACGAGAAUUCUGAUGAUCAGAAGACUGUGGAUGAUGAUGAGUCCAUAGGAUUGAGCACAGAGAAGAACGGUCCUCAAAGUUUAGAAUUAGGUGCAGAGUACAGUGGCAGCAAAAGAUGGGAGUGCAUGGGGCCAGAAAGGAAUAAGAUCAGACAGCCUUCAAAGAAGAAAUUGGACAAAACAACUUCAAUGAAGUUUAGAAGUAGUGAUUCCGAGACUAUCGUAAAGAAGAAGAGCCCGAGGAAUUUUAGAUCAAUUCCUACCUCACCAAUUCACGAUGUCUUUUCCUCAAAUGCAUCGGCCAAAGGUCUGAGAAAAGCAUCGUCAACUCCUUGUUCUGAUGCAGAAGCGGCUUACCCUCCUCGUCGAUCAACGGAACAGUGUGCACCAGCUUCCAAUACAAGGCGGACUCCAAAGCAGAAAAUACCUACUCCUUCUAUACUGGAUAUUUUUCAAGGACAGAAUUUUGAGCAAAAAGCACUUCGGAGGAGCUGGGAUGGAGCAAGUGACGCAAGGACUAGAGAACGGUUGUCCAAAUCUGUAAAGCGACCAAAAUCCCACCGUUCAAGCUUGCAGGCUUCUCCUAUUCGCUCGCAUGACAGGUUUCACAAGGACGACAAAUUAAAUGGUACAUCGUUUAGAAGGAGGGAGGCAGAGAGAACUUUAAAAUUGGCAAGUACUUUGAUUAAGAAGGCUCCUGCUGUAAAUAAAACAUGUGAAGAAUGCAUUGAUCCAGCUGCAGCUUCGAAAUUCAGUAAGAGCAUCACCGUUGUUCCGUGGUGUUCAGUACCAGUAAAUCUUGCAAAGCUAGGGAAGGAAGUCUCAAAGCGCAGAGAUGCAGCACUGCUUGCUGCCGUGGAGGCCUUGCAAGAAGCUUCUGCCGCUGAGAGAUUGAUUCGGUGCUUGAGUGCAUUCACAAAGCUGCAAUCAACAAGCGAAGAGAGUGAUCCUCAAACAACAGUCGAACAAUUCUUGAAUUUCCAUGAUGAACUAGCACAGGCUGUGCAGAUGAUACAGUCACUGACAUUAACCAGCUCACAGAGAAUGAUAGAGCACGGGUCCAUCAGCUCAGAUGAAAUUGAAGAAGCAUUCACAGUUUCAUUGGACACAAAAAAACAAGCUGCUUCAUGGGUAAAAGCUGCUGUGGCGUCAGAUCUUUCUCCACUACAAGAAACAUGCAACAGUUCAACAAAUGUUACAGAAAGAAAUGCAAGUUCUCUGUCAUGCUGCGGAAAAAAAAGCAAAGGCAUUUCCGAGUUUAUCAAAAACACAAAGAAUGGUGAAGUCAAGGGCCGAGACAUUAUACUGGAGAACCCACCUUGGGAAAAAGGAUUUGUUCUGAUGGAAGCUGCAGACCUGGCAAGCUCAUUGCAGUCUGAGUGUAGGACUUGGUUCCUAAACUACAUUGAGAAAUGUUUGGAUGAAAUCACAGACAAAAAAAUGUCAACCCCUGUGGACACCCAGAUUUCUGGAGUUCUCUGUCAGCUUAAACGGGUUAAUGACUGGUUGGACAGGGAUGGUUCUGAAGAUGUUGCACCGCCUUCAGAUGAAGAAACCAGCUCCUGUGGGAGGGUCCGGAAGAAAAUUUAUGGAGUUCUGCUGGAGCAUGUCCAGACUGCAGCCAUUGCUUUAGAGAAUCUGAGCCUGACUGCUUCACAGGAGUUGGAGGUGAAGAAAGGGAAUAGGGGUCUUUGAGGUAAACAACUCGAGUCGAUUUUGAGGCUUCAAUUUUGUGUGAGGUAGUUGGACCUCAUCCGGGAAUGCCAAAACAAGUAAGAUCAGAGCAUUGACAGAAGAAAAAAGGCAGUACAGUAUCGGGAGACUAUAACAAGCUUAACUGAUGAAAGAGAAUCAUGAGUUUCUAUCAAAUCAAUCUAUCCAACGCGAUUCCAGCGGAAGAAUCUCCCAGGGCAGGUGCAGGGCGAUUAUCUAAAAUUUUAAAUGAAGCUGUGCAAAAUUAAAGGUAGAACAUUGUAAUACCAUACACAAGUUCAAGGCAGGAUCAGUGCUUAAAUUCUUUGAGGACCAAUGAGGAUGAAAUUUCACAUGAACCAUAAACGACAGCCAACUACAACCACUGACACAAAGCUAAAGAUUCAGCAGCUAGAUAUCAGUUCCAUGGAUCGUCAACAGAAGAUACCUUCACAAAAGUCAAGGCAAAGCAGGGGAUGUUCUGACCUGUAUUUAUCCAAUACAUGAGUACCAGAAGUUGAAAAUUCCAUGUAUUUUUAGUAUUUUUCCUGCAACAGAGAAACCUAUUAAGAUCAUCUCCAAACUGCUUUGGUCUUAAA